AUGCCGUCUACCCGUGUCUCCAGUCGCGUCACCGUCGUGAUCAUCCUGUUCAGCGUGGCCAUGAGUGCUGCGUCCCUGUCGCCAUUACUCGCUGCCUCUGUGGCAGGUGCCUGUUGCGGUGCAUCUCCCGCUUCUGUCGUGGCGUCCGUCGUCCUUCCUGUAGUCGUCCGAGCUUCCGGUUCCGUCCGGGUCGUGUCC